CAGGGCAAUUGCAGCAUGCCAUGCGGAUGCCGAGAAGAUGUCCCGAGCCCGUACCACCAGUGGCGGCUUCAGCGUUGGGGGCAUCCUGAAUUUGGUCCUCAAUGCCAUUGGCGUGGGUGCCAUCCUGUGGUGGAUCGUUGCCUCCUGGCGGCUGCACAGCAUCCACGCGCCUGAUGCAGGCAGCGAGCCCGCCGUGCGCGUGGGGAAGGGCAAGAAGCACAGGACGCCACCUACCGCCCAUGCGCCUGCGCCUCCUGCGCCUCCUGCGCCCGCGCUGGCAGAUGCAGGCUCAAAGCAGCUUUUGCCCGGCGUCGCGCAGCUGGUUGGUGAGAGUUCGGGUACUGCCCUCGACACGCGGCCGCCCUUCUGGGUCUUUUGCUCAACGCAGUGGGCCGAGUGCUGGUGUGCAGGCGACAUUCGCUGGGGCAACGAGGAGACCUGGCACGUCAUUCAGGCGAAGCCAGGCAGUGAAAUCAAUACUGUGACGUGCAGUAUCGACCACUUGCCGGAUGUGGUUCCUGGAGACGACGGCAAGCACUGCGAGUGUUUGGUUACUCCAGGAACCGAGCUCUACAAGAACUUGAACCCCAUGAUCAUGGACCAGGAGGAUGCGGACCACCUGGGGGCGACGGUGGUGGCCUCUUGUGAGCUCUUCUUCGAAGCUCGCAAGAACCAGCCUGCCGACCUUGCGCAGUGGCUUGCGGUGGAGGGCCUUUGCUCAGCCGCGUGGGAGGAGAAGACCCGCUUCAAUCGCUCGCUCAAGGCAGGCCCCCGGGAAAUCAGCCUGGAGAUGCGGCAGCAUCUCAUGCGUGCUCGAGUGGACGCACGCUUCAAAUCUUCAAUGGCACGGUUCACGGAGAAGGGUUGGUUCAGGCACGCCUGGGUGACAUUCGUGGCCGGCAAUCCAUCAAGCCCCUUCGUCAAGAUGGCAGAGGAGCUUAUCAAGUCGGUGCACUAUUUCUCGUCCUGGCCGAUCCUCGUGUACAACUUCGGCUUCGCGGCCCCGGAGACCUGGACGCCGGAGCGGUUCCCGCAGCUGGUGAUAAUACAUGCCGCGCCUUUGCCAUCAGACCCUCACAUUCGAAGGAGCUUCAACUUCAACAAGCUUCGCUCCAUCCUGAUGGCCAGGGUACUCACCGGGGUGCAAGUGGAUGUGGAUCAGUUUGUGGCGCCAGGAGCCGACAUCCUGUUUGACCUCACGCAGAAGUGGGUCAACAAGGAGUAUCCCUUCCCGCUUCUACCUGCGCACUUCUUGGACUGGAGCAUUAAGGACCAGCCAAAUGCUCCUUGGUGGCCGAGAUAUUGCCCCGACCCAGAGAAGCCUUGUCCGAUGCAGACCAUGCGGUGGGCCCACGCACAUCCCACGUGGAGCUAUUGGGCCUUGCCUUUCUUUGGGCGCUGGGUACGCCGGCACUUCCGCGACGAGCGGCUGCCGAACGUCACGGUGCAAGGCUUCCAGGCUGCAGCUCUUCGGGUCGGCGAUGUGAUGGAGGAUGAGGAUUUGCUCAAUGUUGCUUUGUGGGAGGAGCGUGCCAACAAGCAAUGGUGCAAAUUUGAUGUCCCAGCCACCGUCGAGUUCGAGUCCUUGCUUUCCUGGAAGUCAAGUGAUGGCCACCGCUGCAUCCAUGGCAUCGGCUGCGAAAAUAUCGGCGGCGACAAGCGGUGGUAUUUGAAUGGCGUGCCCAAAGUGUAUUGGACGGCGCACCAUGCAGUCGAGCCAGAUCUGACUGCGAAAUAUUUGGAGCGCAUUCGCACUCGGCACAAGGCCGGCAAGUGGCCAGCCGCCAUUGUCUACGACGGGCGGUUCUGGGAGUCAGGGGGGGACUUGCACAAGGACCGCCCAAAUCUCCAGUGUCUGACUUGA